UGGGGGUCUCUAUGCUGUGAUGAACACAGCUGGGACCUUCUCCUUGUCCUACUGUGGGUCCAACGUGAUCCACCAGUUCUUCUGUGAUGUCCCCCAGUUAUUGGCUAUUUCCUGCUCAGGAAAUUUAAUGAAUGAGCUUAUACCCAUGCUCAUUGAUAUGGUGUUAGUAACCUGCUGUUUCAUUUUCAUCGUCAUUUCCUAUGUCCACAUCUUCUCUGCUGUCAGGAAGAUCCCAUCCACAGAAGUGGUGCCCCCCACCUUUAAUCCCAUCAUAUACAGUCUGAGGAACCAAGCCAUGAAGUCGGCGGUGUUGAGACUGAUGAAGGGGAGACUCACCAAGGAGUAAUAGGAAAGUUGAGGUCAUGACUCCAUCAAGACACUCUUAUUUUAAAUUUUCUCAUAGCACGGUUGACAGAACCUGAGGGGAACCAGAGAGGCUGGAGGUCUCACCGUGGAUGGUGGUAUGAUGGAUCCAGAGGUGACCAAUCUCACAGCCAUGACAGAAUUCAUCCUCCUGGGGUUCCCCACCCAGGGGACCAUGGGCUUCUUGCACCCGCUGCUCUUCUCCCUGGUCUACUUGUGCACCCUGCUGGGGAACGGGCUCAUCGUCCUCAUCACCACCCUGGACUGGCACCUCCACACCUCCAUGUACUUCUUCCUGAGCAGUCUGUCCUUCAUGGACCUCUGCCUCAUCUCAGCCACGGUCCCCAUGUCCAUUGUCAACUCUCUGAGGCACAGCAGCUCCAUCUCCUUCCCGGGAUGUGUCAUCCAGGUCUUCAUGAUGGUUAUUUCAGCAGUGUCAUUUCCUAUGUCCACAUCUCCUCUGCUGUCAGGAAGAUCCCAUCCACAGAAGGUCUUGUUGUAACCACAGUUGACAUGAAUCCGCAGAGGUGGGAGUUGGAUGGAUGACCCGGGAAUUGGAGUCUGGAGCUGAAACCUGUCAUGGAUAUGACUGUUACUUUCUGUGACAUCUGACUUGAUACUAUCACACUGUACUCCUGUGAUGCAGUGUUUUUUUUUUUUUUUUAAAGCAGAUGAAUUGUUUUUGAGCCACUGCUUUACUACUUCAAAACUUAAUGUUCAGACCUUUGUUGUUGUGUUUAUUUUCAGGCACCCUGAAUUUUCCAAAUCGUAUCUUGAUUCCUCUACCAUGUCUUCUUCUUGACAUUGUUUUAGAUAACUUAAGUUUGCUAUUUUGUACUUCAGGAACUAUGUUAUCUUUUCAUAUGAUGUAAAACUUUGUAUAAAGUAGGGCAUGACAAUAUUUAUGAAU